GACGUCAUGAACAUCCGAACCCUAGUGAGUUAUGUAUGUUUUCCCAGUUCAGCCUACAUGCUGCCCCCAUUUAAUCCAUUUGAUUGAAUCGCCCUAGGCUAGCUGUACAUGUCAUUAUGCUGCUUCUGUUACUUCCUCUCGCUUUGGUCCAAAUAUUCUCCUCAGCAGUUGUUUAAUUCGUGAGUAGGGUGUGUGUGACAACCAUUCAUCUAUCAACUACUCUGCUGUGUGCCAGUGUUUUGUUAAGUGAACUCGCUUCACUAGCGCCAGUCGCUCUGAAGCUUCAUUGGCGUUAAGUUGUGUGCAGUAGUAGGUGAAAUCGAGUGUAUGUGCACGAGUCGUCUCAAAGCAGCGCUGAAGUCAUCUUGUCAUGAGGGUGCAAAAUGUGGCCGGGCUCCUCUUGAUGUUUAUUGUGGCAGUCUGUUCCUAUCCACAGCCAUCUCAGCCACCACUCAACAUCUCAACACAGAAGCCAGAUCGUUGUGCAAGUGCACCUGUAUUGGGUCCAUGCAAGAACUAUGUGUAUAAAUGGUACUAUGACAGCAGCCUGGGUCAUUGUCUUAUCUUUGUAUAUGGGGGCUGUACCCCAUCUGAUGUUGAUAAUAAAUUUGACACAGAAAUGGAGUGUCUGUACUACUGUAGGGGUAGAGACUAUACAUUGUCACCCUACUUGCAGCCAAGGGAGUAUGAGGAGUCGAAAGAAGAUCAACCUGAAGGGGUCAUAGAGAAGAAGGAAAUCCUCAAGACUACAUUACAGCCUCAAAUUACAUACUUUCCUACAGUCCCGACACCUCCACCUGUUCCUCUAGACAAGAGGGGAGAAGAGCUCACAUUUGAGGAGACAGGGCACCACAAAGUGUUUAUGUUUGCGAAGAGUAAUACUUUCAUUCAACUGGAUGGAAACCGAAUACCAACAUUCCAACUCAGAUUGUGCCGUGAAAUAUCAUUCCAGUUUCGCACCAGGCUACCGCAUGGAUUGCUCGUGUACCACAGUGUAAAAGGUCGACCAGAGGGAUUGGACCCAUAUGCUCUGUAUGUGAUUGUGGAGAAAGGGCAGCUGAAAGUUGUGCAUGUGUUUGGGAAACACUCAACCUCUAUCACAGUGGGUGCAGGUUUGAAUCGUGAUAUGUGGCACAAUGUAACUGUUACCAUCGAUGUGCACAGGACACGACUUAUAGCAAAGGUGGAUUCUAAGCAGGUGGAGACAUCCAUUUUAGGUUUGCAUCCAUCCAUCAACUAUGGUGUGUCAUCUGAUCUGCCAUCAGUUGUACUGAUUGGAGGCCUGAGUCCAGAAGAGAAACUGCAUGGUGUGAAGUAUAUAAUUGAGUCAUUUGUGGGAUGCAUCAAACAGAUGGUGUUGAAAGCAGGGAAGGCUGCCUCUGAUCUGCUGCCCAUCAACCCCCUAAUUGCAACGAAGCAUGAGAAUGUUGUAGAGGGAUGUAUUGACAAAUGCAAGACAAAGGAGAAUCUUUGCUUUGUAGGCAGCCGCUGUGUAAACCAUUAUAACAGCUUAACAUGUGACUGUUUUGGGCGCAAGUAUGAAGGAGAGCAGUGUGACAUUUACACUGGCACGGUAUUGACACUCCGUGGCUCCUCCUACAUUUCAUACCGUGUGUAUGACUGGAAGGAUCGUGUACAUUCCAGUAUAAACCGCAUCAGUUUCUUUUUUAAAACACGGUUUGAUGACUCAACUCUUUUCUAUGCGAGUGGGGAGCCAUACUUGCGCCAUUACAUUGCAGUUUCCAUAUUGAAUAACACAGUUCAUGUUGAAAUAGACUUUGGAGAUGGUGCAGUGUUGACAACAAUAGGACAGGGUUUGGUUUCUAAUUACUGGAACAACUUCACAAUAGCUCACCACCAGAGUGUGAUCAGUGUGCAUCUGAACCACGAGUCAAAAAAACUGGAACUGCCUGGUCCGAACUACCAUCUGUACAUAGACCCUGAGAUAUACAUAGGGGGUGGACCUGAACUUCACAAGAAGAAAGGCCUGAUGUCACACAACAAUUUUGUGGGCUGCCUAAAAUAUGCAUUCUUCAAUGACAUCUCAAUUUUGUAUGAGCUAAAGAAGGGAAAUCCCAAGGUUCACUAUAUUGGUGUGCUGGAGCCAGAAAUGUAUGAGACUGAUGUCGACGUAAUUCCAGUUACAUUCCCAUUUCCAUCUUCCUACAUCUGGUGGCCCAGCAGACAGAGUGAUAAUUUCACUCUGAAAUUUGUCUUCAAGAGCAGCCGCAGCAUGGCUGUGCUGGCAUCCUCCUCUGUUACAACUGCUACUGGUAUUGGCUACUGGGAGGUGCGUGUAGUGAAUGACGAGAUCCGGUUUGAGCUAGUUCCAGAUGAAACAAAGAAUAUGACUCAUCUUACGACAGUGAAGUUCAACUUUCGAUCAAGCUGGCAUGCGGUGUAUCUGAACUACACAAAUGGCGAAUUGACACUCACCGUUGACUAUAAGUUCAAAACAGCACAGCUUUUUGGACUUCAGUUUCAGCUGGGAGACAGAGUGGUCAUUGGCAGUGGUGGCAAAUCCAAUCUAGGACUUGUGGGUUGUAUCCGAGAAGUGGAAGUGAAUGGAGAACCCUUGGAACCACGCUAUGUAGUGCGCUCAGAGUACAAAAAUGGAAAAGUGUCUCUAGAUAACUGCCAGCUAGUAGAUCCUUGCAAGCGACCCAAUGCAUGCAAGCAUGGAGGCAAGUGUUCUGUCAAGGAUGACCGCAUCACAUGUGACUGUGAGGGCACUGGCUACAUUGGCAAGAACUGUCACUUCGCUGAGCAUCGGAAAACAUGUGAAGAACUUGCAUUGCUUGGCUACACUAAGCCUGAUGUCUAUUUGAUUGAUAUCGAUGGUAAUGGGCGCUUCCCACCAGCACAUGUGAAGUGUGAGUUCCAGUCACUAGAGGAUGCCACGAAGACAAUAGUAGAGCACAACUUGCCCAGCCAAGUGGAUGUUCGGAGUUCCAUGGAUGGAGAUUUUAGCUUCAACAUCAGUUACCGAGAAUUUACAGCGGAGAUGAUGCAAGAGUUGAUCUCUCACUCCCUCUAUUGUAGUCAGAAAAUCAAGUACGACUGCUACAAAGCACCACUUGAGCUGCAUUCUGCCACUUGGUUUAUAUCAUCAAUGGAAUCUGACAUAGUUGACUAUGUGGGCAGUGUGAAGCGAGGGAUUUGCCCUUGUGCAGUGAACAAGACAUGUUUGGACCCUGCCCGCUCAUGCAACUGUGACAUUUCUGAACCAAAGUGGCAUUCUGAUGAGGGCUAUUACACAACCCCAGAGAGUUUGGGCAUCACACAGAUGGUAUUCCUGCAGCAGAAGAACCUGGAUGUGGAUGCACAAGGACGUAUCACACUCGGACCCCUUGAAUGUGUGGAAACUAACACACAGCAGUAUGUUGUUACAUUCACAUCAAGCCAGUCAUACAUCGAGGUGCCAGGCUGGAGGAAGGGUGACAUAUCCUUCAGCUUCAGAACCACUGGAGAGAAAGCAAUACUUUUAUACCAGCCACCCAUCAGGCCCAACCAUCCAUCCUUCAUGGUGGCUCUGACAAAUGAUUUUCAAUUAACUUUUAACUUCACUCUCAACACGGGGCACCAACGUGUGAUGGAAAUCAAGUCAGGACGACAGCUAAAUGGUGGAGAGUGGCAGAAGAUCUGGAUUGACUAUAAUGAGCACCAUGUUCGCUUCAUGAUUAAUACAGAUUAUCAGAUGGUGGACUUACUUCCUGAAGAAGAGUUUGGGCCAUUUGAAGGCAGCAUGUUCAUUGGAGGUGCUACAGAGGAUCUCCUAGGAUCUAGUUCAGUGCGCCAAGGCUUGAUUGGCUGUUUUCGUGGGCUGAUUGUCAAUGGAGAAAUCUUGGACAUCUACUCAUACAUGAGUGUCCACUUAUCAGAAAUCAUCAAGGACUGCAAGCCAUCUUGUGACCCCAACCCCUGCAAGAAUGGUGCAAAGUGCAAGGAGCUGUGGAGCACAUUCCAAUGCAUGUGUGAAAAUGCAUGGGCCCAUGUUGGCAUCUACUGUGAGACUAACAUCAACAUUGAUGGACUGACCUUCCUGUCUCGUGAGUCCUUUAUCAAGAAGAAUUAUCUGGCACAGAGUGCAGAUAAUGAGAGGCGCACAUUAUCACAGCUCAUGUCUGAGAACAUCCUUUUGAAUGUGCGUACAUAUGAUCAGAACUCCUUGUUGCUGUAUGCCAAUGACCAUCUGAACAACUUCGUUCAACUUCAUAUUGAGAAUGGGAAAUAUAUUGUGUUCACAUUCAAUUCUGGCAACAAAAUACACAACAUCACCGUUGAGUAUUCUGGUGUGAAUGAUGGACAGUCAGUUCAAGUAGCAGUGAUAAGAAAUGACAAGGAGACAGUAUUACAUGUCAACAGUCAGAAUGGUUCAAUACCAGAAACUGUGCAACUUUUGAGCAAUUAUUCUAACAAACCUUGGAUUAACCCUGAUAAAGAGGUGUUGGCCCCACAGAGACCUCCAGCACCCCCAACUGAGUAUUUUCAAUUCAACCUGGGAGGUUAUGAUCCAGAUAACCUGAUAGCAGGCAGCAGUGCGCUUCCCCUGCAGGGUUACGUGGGCUGCAUGCGAGGAUUAAAGAUAGGUGACCACCUGUUUGACCUCACUGCACAGGUCACCAAUGAGUCUAAGAGAGGCAUAAUUGCAGGAUGCAAAAUGAAAUGUGAUGACCAGCCAUGUAAGAAUCAAGGACUCUGCAUAGAGGACUUCCAAAAGCAAGAAGUGACCUGUAACUGCGAGCGCACAUCUUUCUAUGGAGACUUUUGUGAUGAAGAGAAGGGUGCAGAUUUUAGUGGUGAUACAAUGCUGCAACGAAAAUUUAUUCUAAAUGGAUCUGUAGACCAGAUUAGUGUGCACCUUGCUUUCUCGAGCACUGAUAUUCGGCAGAGAAAUACAGUGUUGCUGUUGCUGCAGACAGAAAAUAAGCAGAGCUACUAUCUGCUUGUGGCAUUGACAAGUGAAGGAGGACUGAUAUUUGAGGAAGAUAGAGAAGGUUCAGCAUCUGGUGCCCGAGUGUCUGAUCGGAAUUUUCUGAAUGGAGCAAGACAUUCUAUCUACUACCACAGAGAGGGUGACCGUGCUGUGUUAUUGAUUGACCGUGAACAUGUAAUGCUUACGCCCAUCUCUUUCCUAAGUCAUUCUGAUGUCCCAGAGGGGGAUCAGGGAGCCAAUGAGGUUCAGGUGGGAGGGCUUAACACCAGUGAUCCACGCUUUGCAGUCUAUAAAAACUACAAAGGUUGCUUGUCAAAUGUUUAUGUGGAAGUGAACUCUGAUGUAAUGAAACCCUUGGAAGAAUACAUGCUCUUCACCAAGAUGGGCAGCGAGAAGGUGAAUGUGACGAACCCAUUGGGAGUGAGAAGUGCGCAGUGUGCAUUUUUUGACGUGAGCCAUAAGCCUAAACCAAGCCCAUCACUAAAUAUCAGUCUGGGUACAGACAAAACUUGGAUUUUGGAUCCUCCAGUUAAAAUUCCCUAUGAAACGCUGUGGUCUGAUUUGUCCAGAGAGGAAGAUGAGUCAACAAGAGUGAUCUUUAUUGUGAUGUGUGGUGUGUUUGUGAUCAUUAUGUUGGGUUCAUUGUGUGAAGUCUACCGGGUGUAUCGCAAACAUAAAAGGAGACAAGAGGAGGAAGAGGAGGAGGCAGAUGCAUCAAUAAUGUGGCACCGCAGUGGACAGCCUGUGAAGUUUCAGGAACAACCGGUCAACUCCAAUAUCAAGAUGACAGCAUACAAGAAUAUCCCACAACAAGAUGUAAAACUUAAACCUUCUGUAAACAGUUCAGAACAGAAGCCUAACAUAAAGAAUGACUACAAACAAAUACCAAAUUCAGCAUCAGCCAAUGGACAACAUGAUACAGUAAAGCCAAACAGCAUCAACAUCAAACACAAUAGUGGGGCCAACCCAGAUCAGGAACUGAACUGGGAUCCCAUGGCAGAAAAGACUGAAUUACUUCCAGAAUCACUAGAGGACAUCUCAGAGAGCAUAAACAACAAUGCUGAUGGGGAACGGGAGAGUGAACGGGAAGAUGACGACAUUUUGAACAAGCCAAGCCAGUUCAUAACCUGACAUUGUAACAUGGGCUGGAUUGUCUUCGGCAAGGAAAGGAGGGUUUGACAGAGUUUAAUUACAUUUUAUAUAUCUUAAUUAAGCACCACAUUAUGAAGAAGGAGUGGAGGUACAGCUCCAACCAAUGUUAACCUCAGCAAUAGAUACAGGUGAGAGGCUAGGUUCAAGCUCUAGCCAUUUUGCCUUUAGGUAAAACAGUGCCCUGUACCCAUGAUAGGAGGCUAGGUGGGCCCCAAAGCUGGUCUGGAUGUGAGAAGACAAAUCCGACUCCACUAGGUACUGAAGCUUGGUCAUCCAAUAUAUAGCCAGUAACUAUAAUUUCUGAGCUACCCCAGCUGAUAUAUUUUUGUAACUGUUAUAAUGAAUUUAUCAGAAAAAUAAAUCAAUCACUGAAAAUUCAAAAUAA